AUGCGAACAAGUGCGGAACAACCCCGCUGCUCACGGCUCACGGACCGGCUGCAAGGGUCGUCACCUGGCAAUCGCUGCUCAGCAUGGCUGCCGAACGUGAAACCCUACUGUAUCUAUCAUGACCUCAAUCACUGGCCCCAACACAUGGAGAUAGCAAGCGCCGGCGAACUCUCCCAAGAAACAUUCGGCAUGGAGAUUCGAGCAGUGAGGCGCUUACUGGGUUUCUCGGGUUACGUGAGAAUGCCAAGAAUAGCAGAGCCUCAGCGCCUCCCCAUGUAUUUUACUAGGUAG